UUUAUAUACUCUAAAUAUUCCAGAAGCUACUAUUAGGGGUGCUUUAGCUAAGGUUAGUAGGCCAAAUGCUACCUGAUAUGAGAGGAAAGAAGGCACCACCACAAAAAACAGAUGAGAAUUCAGAGAAAUUUUUUAGGCAGCAUAUUCUUUCCUUUCCUUCUGUGGAAUCCCAUUACUGCCGUAAAAAAUCAGAAUAUAAAUAUCUUGAUUCUUCAUUAACAAUUAAAACUAUGUAUAAAUUAUAUAAACUGGAGUGUGAGAAAAUUUCUAGUAAGCCCGUGUGUUUUGAAAAGUACAGGAGGGUGUUUAGAGAAUACAAGUUAACAUUCCAUAAACCAAAAAAAGAUUUUUGUAAAACCUGUGAGGUUCAUAAAAAUACAGAGGGAAAUGAUGACCAAAACAAUAGUCAUGGUGAUCAUUUAAAACGCAAGGAAGCUGCACGUCAAUGCAGGGACGAGGAUAAAGAAACAGCAAGGCAAGAUACGUCUGUUUUGGCGUUUAACUUUGACUUACAGUCAGUUCUUAACACUCCUAAGGGUGCAGCCGGGCCUCUGUUUUAUGUCAGAAAACUUGCAGUUUACAAUAUUACGACAUAUAACUUAGGAAAUUCUGAUGCUACCUGUUACCUUUGGGAUGAAACUGAAGGAAAGCGGGGAAGUGUGGAAAUUUCUACUUGUAUUUACAAUUUUAUAAUGAAUAAACCAGAAAUAAGGCAUGUUCGAAUGAUGUCAGAUAAUUGUGCAGGGCAGCAAAAGAACGUAACUUUUUCUAUAAUGUGUCUCCAUUUACUAAAAGUACACCCUGUUCUUGAGGUGAUAGAUCACAAGUUUUUCGAAUCUGGACACACCCAAAUGGAAUGCGACUCCAUUCACGGUAAGAUAGAGCAGAAAUCGAAAAAUAUUCCUAUAUACACCCCAGAAGGCUGGGCACAAGUGAUAAGAACAGCACGAUCAAAUCCAAGACCUUAUGACGUCACGUAUCUUUUACACGAUGAUUUCAUAGAUUUUAACCAAUCUAAAAAAUCUGUUUUCCAAGACGAGUCAGGUCAGAAACUUAAGUUUCGCAAUGCAGUGUGGCUGCAUUAUGAAAAAUCGGCUCCAGAGACAAUUUUUUUUAAAAAUAGUUACAACGGUACGUCAUACACUAAAUGUACUUUGAAGAAGCUACGAGGGCGUCCUGUAAUAAUAUCAGAGCCUGCAAAACUGUAUUCUUCUCGAAUUCCGAUUUCGAAUGCAAAAAAGAAAGACUUAAAAAAACUUUGUGUUGAAUUAGUGAUACCCAAAGUUAAUCACGAUUACUAUGAUAAUUUACCUACAAGUAAAUUGGCAAGAGACAACUUGCCAGAACCAGAUCAGCUGGAAGAGUCUGAUUAUUCUGAAUAAUAAGUUCUAAGGAUUAAUCUAAGUUGAUUUUUGAGAUUUAAUUUUUGUUAAUUUUGUAUUUUUUAAUUUGAUCUUAUAAUUAUUAAUUUUCGUUUAGUUUUGAGAUUUAAUUUUUGAUAACGAUAAAUAUUUUUUAAUUUGUUCUUGUAUUUGGUUUGGACUAAGUACUUUUUUUAUAUUAAAAUAUGUACCCUAAAACUAUUGUGCAUUAGUAUAGCGAAGUUGUGUAAUAAAAACCGACA